AUGGAAGCAUCAGCUCUCAUGAGACCAUACAAGGUUGAACUGCUUAAGCAGCUCCCACAGGACUAUUCACUUAUUUUCAAGUGGUUCAUCGCUCUUACAGAGCUCAACAGACCAUCUUAUCACACAAAGGAAGCCAUGGCAACAGUUAUUGAAUGGUUUAAGAAGAUGGGCGCUACAGCAGAGCCAGAUACAUACGGCAACUGCCUCUUCACAAUUCCAGCUACACCAGGCAAGGAGAACGUUCCAUCUCUUGUCAUCCAAGGCCACUUAGACAUUGUCGCUGUUGGCAAGUUCGAAGAAGGUGGCAAAGUCCCACUCAAGAUCGAGAACGGCUACUUGACAUCCGGAGUCUCCACAAUCGGUUCUGAUGACGGUAUCGCUGUUGCUGUCAUGCUCGCAUUGUGCGAAGACAAGGACAAGUUCGAGCACGGCCCACUCGAGUUCCUCGUCACAGUCGAUGAGGAAGUCGGCCUCUACGGAGCUACAAAACUCCCAGGACCACCAUAUAUCAAGUCCCGCGCCCUCCUCAACAUCGAUUCCGAGGAAUGGGACACAUUCUACACCUCCUGCGCCGGUGGCAUCAACAUGUUCUACGAAUACGACGUUCAUCGUGACGAAUACGCCGGAAAGACCCUCAAAGUCGCCGUUACAGACUUCGUUUCCGGCCACACAGGCCUCAUGAUCAACGAAGGACGCGCCAACGCCGUCAAAUGGAUGGUUCGCCUUCUCCAGGAGACAAAGAACACAAUUCCAUUCCGUCUUGUCGAUAUCGCAGGCGGCGACAAGCACAACGCCAUCCCAGAAUCAUGCGUUGCCCACGUUGUCGUUGAAAAUGUCGACGCAUUCAAGGCAAAGAUGACAGAGUUACACCAGGCCGCAUACAACGAGUACAAGGCCAUCGAGAAGAAGAAUCCAAAGAUUAAUUUCGAGGAAGUCGAAGCCAAGAAGGCAAUGACAGAAGCAGAUUCCACAAAAAUCUUAGAUCUCAUCACAACUCUCUACCACGGCGUCUGGAUGAUGCAUCCAGAGAUUAAGGGACUCGUCAAUACAUCACAGUCUGUCUCAGUUACAAAGUUCGACGGAGAUCACCUCUUCAUCAACGUUUUCGCACGUACAAACGAAGUUACACAGAUGGAAUUCCUCAUCAACACCGCCGAAGCUGUUGGAAGAAUGGCCGGUGUCACAGUCAGGAUUCCAAAGGACGAGAUGGUCAAGCCGUGGCCAGCAGCACUCACAUCGAGAAUCACUGACUCCUCUGUCUCCGCUUUCGAGAAACUCUACGGAAAGAAGCCAAACAUCACUGGAAUCCACGCUGGACUUGAGUGCGGCGCAAUCCAGAACCAGGGAUAUCCAGACUUGGAGGCAAUCUCUUUCGGUCCGGAAAUCCACGGCGCACACACUGUAAACGAGGAGGCUGAGAUCGCUUCCUGCUGCAAGUGCUACCAGCUCGCUUUGGAGAUCGUAAAGGAGUGGGCAAAGUAA